AUGGAGAGGGCUGCCCUUUGGAGGCAAGUGAUAGAGGUGAAAUAUGGCAGUGAAUGGGGUGGCUGGUGUUCUAGGCCUGUUAAUGGUCCAUAUGGUGUUGGCUUGUGGAAAUACAUUAGUCAGGGAUGGCUUUCUUUCUCUCGCCACAUUCUAUAUGAUAUUGGGGAUGGGUCUAGGGUGAAAUUUUGGCAAGACCAUUGGUGUGGUGAGACUUCUCUUGCAGUCAGUUAUCCUGAAUUGUUUAGAGUUUGCCGAGACAAGGAGGUUAGUGUGGUUGAGCUUAUGAAGAUUGAUAAUGGAGUCCUUUUUUGGGAUGUAAGUUUCUUUAGGGGUGUGCAUGCUCGGGAAUUAGAGGCAUUGGCUGGUUUCAUGGAUACCAUUUAUGGUGCUUCAAUGAAAGGGUUUGGUGAAGAUAAGAUGUGUUGGAAACUUGAUAGAGAGAAGGGCUUCCUGGUUAAAGACUAUUAUAGUCUCUUAGUGGGAUCUAAUGACUAUUGCUUUCCUUGGAAAAGUAUUUGGAAACAGAAGAUUCCUUCUCAAGUAGCUUUCUUUGUUUGGAUUGAUGCUUUGGGGAAGUGCUUAACAAUUGACAAUUUACGAAAAAGGAAGGUUUGGAUAUUGGAUUGGUGCUGCAUGUGCAAGUGUAAUGGUGAAUCAGUUGAUCAUCUUUUUCUUCAUUGUCCGGUUGCAAUGGAUAUGUGGGCUAUGGUGUUCGGAUUGUUUGGAGUGAGCUGGGUUAUGCCGCAAUCUGUAGUGGGGCUUUUAGCAUGUUGGCAAGGCAGAUUUGGUUGUCAUCAAAAUGGGUAUAUAUGGUUGAUUGUUCCCCAUUGCUUAUUGUGGUGUCUUUGGAGAGAGAGAAAUAGUAGGUGCUUUGAAGAGAUCAAUAUCAGACUAGAAGCUAUUUUUCUUUAG